AUGUGUGAGGAACUCAAUGCCAGCUUCCAUGGAGUGUUCACGACUGAGCCUGGACAGCUCUCAGUACUGGAAGAAGAGGUAACCCCUGAUGAGAGACUAUUAAAUAUUGAGGCAACAAUUCUGGUACUGUCGGCGGCGGCGGCGGUGGUGGCGCUGGCGCGGCCCCAGGGCGGGUAUGGUGUUCCUGGAGGCCCCAUUGGACCCAUCGGCCCGGCGAAGUACAACUUCCAAUGGGAGGUUAACGACCCUCCUUCAGGCAAUUCCUACGGUCACCAGGAACAGAGGGACGGAGACAGCACAAAGGGCAGUUACUACGUCCAGCUGCCGGACUCCCGUCGCAUGCUGGUCGAGUACCUGGCCGACCAGUUCGGCUACCACCCCACCGUCACCUUCGAGGGCAAGGCCGUGUACCCUACCGGGCCCGGACCUGUGAAGGGCUACUACCCGUAA